AAUCGAACGGCUAUCCGCUAUUGUUCAACCUUUCGGUCUAACAAGUUACGAUCAACGUAACUUUCGAGCAUAGAAGCAGUCUAGAAAGAUCGGAGCCCGGAGGCAAAAGGGAAGUCUCUUUGUGGGAAGGUUUGAAAUCAAUUCCAUGGCGACCUUGGUGAAAGCGAUUUUGAAUCCGCAGAAAAAUUGGUUCGCUGCUCUGCACAAGAAAACCAUCGCCAAUCGCCUUCGCAAAUACGGGUUGCGAUAUGACGAUUUGUACGAUCCGAUGGAAUCCCUUGAUAUAAAGGAAGCUCUUGCAAGGCUGCCUCGUGAGAUUGUUGAUGCUAGAAACCAGCGAAUCUUACGCGCUAUGGAUCUCUCCAUGAAACACGAGUACCUUCCUAAAGAUCUAGAGGCUCAACAGACGCCAUUUAGGAGCUAUCUAACUGACAUGCUGGCCCUGGUAGAGAGGGAGAAAGCAGAACGUGAAGCCUUGGGAGCAUUGCCUCUUCAGCAGCGUACUUUGCCCUAGUUUCUUUCUUUAUUUUUAAAAAUAAAUGGAUCUUUAAGGGGAGUGAGACAACAUUCCUUAUUAUUUUGAUUUCAAGAUUGUUGUUUUGGCAACAAUAAUAAUUUUUCAUUAUUGUUAAUUCAUGGUACUGCAUGUUGUUUGUGGUUAAUAUUUGUACGUCCUAUACAUGUGAGUUGGCAUGUAAACAUUGAGUUGUUUUUUUUUUCUUGUAUUCAUUUUUACUAUUGAAACUUGCUUAUCCUUCAAAAUGGAUAUUUUCUUUAGAGGGUUGAUUUCAUAAAAUAAAUAAAUAAUAAGUUUGAU